CUGUUGGAAUGGAAAAUAAAAAAUAACGAUCAUUUUUUCAAGAAGAAAUUUAAAUAACAUGGUUGUAGAUGACCUGCGAUUCGAGGAACGAUUUAUCGACGAAAAUAGUUCGGAAGUUAUCAAAAAUAAUCUAGAAAUUCUGAAAGAUACUCAAGUGAACGGCGAUUGCCACGAAGCUCGACGACAAAUGAUAAAAGAUUCUCGAUAUUUGAGAUGCCAAGCGCUCGUUUGCAUUCUUUCGGACUCGAGCAUAUUUAAAGCUUUAAUCAUUCCUUCCACCCCCGACAUAACCACCCCGAAAAAUAAUAUCUCCAACUGGGGUCAAAGCGACAUCGCCAGACAAGACUCUGAAUUCGACAACGUUAUCAAAAAAGUUUUAAAUCCUUUAUCCCGGUUAUCUCUCCAGGAAAUUAUCAGAGGCGAUCCCUUGCAGAGUAUAGAAUUGCCGUUAAUCCUGAACAGACAAGGGCCACCAUUUUAUUCCAUGAAGGGAAUCUUGACAACAAAAUCCGAUGGUGCGAACGAUUUUAUGGAUAAAGUUCCCAUAAAUUUCGUCAAAAAUACACGUUUUUAUAUCGAAAAAAGUGAUACUAUUGCAGAGGAUGAGGAAUUGAGCUAUAAUAUUGCAGAUAACAACAAUAUACCAAACACCGACAUCGCGAUCGAUUCGAAUUACGACAUCGAACUAAUCGAAGAGGACACUACUCAUCACAUAGACUACGGGACAAUAAAAUUCAAUAUAUCUGAAAUGUUGACGAGAAUAUACAAAUACCGUCGUCGAUAUUCGUCUAUCGAUUACCAAUUAUCCGAUAAUUCCGAAACGUUUAUUUCGAUGCCGAAAUCGGUAUCGACUCCAGAGCUUUCUUCUACCUACCGUCAAAAAAGGCGGCAAUCCAAAAAUGAACCAUUGCAGCUCGAGCACAAUUCGUUAUUGCUCGAUUUUAUGCGCAUAGAAAGCGAGCAUUUCCGGUUUUACCCCCGAUCGUUGUUCCAAGCCGACCAAGCCCAAAUCAUUAUAGUCAAAAGUUUCGGGAAGGAUUUGAUGUCAAAAGGAUGCUUGAUUUGCGUUGGCUCAGUCGAAAUGACUCACCCAGAAAAACUUACAUCUUUCUAUCAUCAACAACUUAGUGUUACAAAUAACAAUUAUUAUUGAUGGCUUUGACUAGACUAGAUAGCUUUAUAACUCCAAAAAGAUGUCUAACAGAUGUUUUUUAAUAUGAAUGUUUUUUUUUGUAAUUAUCAUAAUCAUAUAUAUAUAUUUUUUCAAUUUUGUGAUUAAUUUUAUAUUUAUAAUAUUUCCCAUACCUUUUUUUUACAAUUUAGUAAGCAGGAUUUUUUUUUUAUUGAAUAUUUUUUUUUUAAAUAUAUUAAUGCAAUUUUUAUACUAUGCUCAAAAAUUUUCCCAUUUUAAUAUACGAAAUAACUUAUGGUAAUCGGAUGUACAAUUCAAUUUAUACCAGUAAUAAAUAGCUCAAA